GCUUCUCUCUCUCUCUUUUGCUCUUAUUCUUUCUCUCUCACUCUCUCUCUUUUCCCACCCUUAAGCCAAGUACAGGGAUAGUUGUCUCAUUAUUGGUGGCUUAAAAUGAUGUUUUUGAACAAGAAGACGCUGGGUACUUUUGGUGACUAGCACUAUCUCUGUUUUUUUCCUUUUAAAUUCCUGAGCUAUUGUUUAGCAGUACACUCUUUUAUCUCCAUUGCUACUGAAGCUGAAUGUUACUUGGGUGGAAAGCAUACUGCUUUCUUUUCUAUGUCCUUAAACCCUUUGAUAAUGUUACUGUUUGAGAGUCCCUGAAGCCAGGGUUCUAGGAGAGUCUGGCUUGUCUCAACAGCUGAACUACAAAAUAAUGGAGUAGGGCAGGUGGGUGGGGGAGCAGGGCGUUCUGUCGAUAAAAGAGCUCCCUUCUUUGCACACAUAGCCAGUUAAUCGGCCAUUCUGAGAUAGUUUGGAUGGGGAGGGGGGGCUUCUGAGAAUCGCCAGUGACAGUUAAGUGGCCUAUUGUUGACGUCCUCUGCUGAACGACUUGGUUGGAUUCAGCUUCUGCCUUACCCACACCCGCUGUGGAUUUUCUGUUAGAUUCAUCGUUUGCCAUUCAGGCAUCAUCUUUCACUUUCUCCUUCCAACAUGACUGCUUUGUGUGCUGGCCCCUGCUUUACUCCUGCUAUUCCCAAACUAUAAAAGGAACUGUGUGGGGCUUCAGCAGGACUGAGAAACUGACUCUGCUGUCUGUUGAGAACUCUAAUAAUGGCUGCGGUGACCUUCAUGUCUAGCAGAAAGCCCACUAUCUGUGCUAGCACAGUGAUGACCACCUGAAGACAGAGAAAAGGGAAUCUUGAUUGAAUUCCUUCUCAUACACUAUAUAGUUAUUUCCUUUGUUCUCCUCUCCAUUCUCUUCUCUUCCCCUUCUCCCCAUCUCCACUGGAGGACUGAUCUCAAAUGCAGCUGUGACUAAAAGUUAAUGCCUUUGAAAUAAUAAUACAUUGCAUUUUGCAGGCUUUACCAAGCCAAUUCACUCAAGUUGUCUCAUCUAUACCCCUUCAAACCCUGUGAGCCUCUAGGUGCUGUGCUGUCCUGAGGCCUGGGCCAUGGUGCCCAAGGAAAGCCCCUGAAGCUCACCAGGAGGAAGAAGCAUGCAGGGCACCCCUGGAGGAGGGACGCGCCCUGGGCCAUCCCCCAUGGACAGGCGGACACUCCUGGUCUUCAGCUUUAUCCUGGCAGCAGCUUUGGGCCAAAUGAAUUUCACAGGGGACCAGGUUCUUCGAGUCCUGGCCAAAGAUGAGAAGCAGCUUUCACUUCUCAGGGAUCUGGAGGGCCUGAAGCCCCAGAAGGUGGACUUCUGGCGUGGCCCAGCCAGGCCCAGCCUCCCUGUGGAUAUGAGAGUUCCUUUCUCUGAACUGAAAGACAUCAAAGCUUAUCUGGAGUCCCAUGGCCUUGCUUACAGCAUCAUGAUAAAGGACAUCCAGGGCAUCUCUCCCAGGCAGGAUUCUCCCAGAGGAACCACUUUGAGAGAAGCAGCUACAGACCUGCUCUUGAGUAGGACAAAGGUGCUGCUGGAUGAGGAAAGAGAGGCCAUGGCGAAAUCCCGCCGGCUGGAGCGCAGCACCAGCAGCUUCAGUUACUCCUCAUACCACACCCUGGAGGAGAUAUAUAGCUGGAUUGACAACUUUGUAAUGGAGCAUUCCGAUAUUGUCUCAAAAAUUCAGAUUGGCAACAGCUUUGAAAACCGAUCCAUUCUUGUCCUGAAGUUCAGCACUGGAGGUUCUCGGCACCCAGCCAUCUGGAUUGACACUGGAAUUCACUCCCGGGAGUGGAUCACCCAUGCCACCGGCAUCUGGACUGCCAAUAAGAUUGUCAGUGAUUAUGGCAAAGACCGUGUCCUGACGGACAUACUGAAUGCCAUGGACAUCUUCAUAGAGCUCGUCACAAACCCUGAUGGGUUUGCUUUUACCCACAGCAUGAACCGCUUAUGGAGGAAGAACAAGUCCAUCAGACCUGGAAUCUUCUGCAUUGGCGUGGAUCUCAAUAGGAAUUGGAAGUCAGGCUUUGGAGGAAAUGGUUCUAACAGCAACCCCUGCUCAGAGACUUACCACGGGCCCUCCCCUCAGUCGGAGCCAGAGGUGGCUGCCAUAGUGAACUUCAUCACAGCCCAUGGCAACUUCAAGGCUCUGAUCUCCAUCCACAGCUACUCUCAGAUGCUCAUGUACCCUUACGGCCGAUCGCUGGAGCCCGUUUCAAAUCAGAGGGAGUUGUAUGAUCUUGCCAAGGAUGCGGUGGAGGCCUUGUAUGAGGUCCAUGGGAUCGAGUACAUUUUUGGCAGCAUCAGCACCACCCUCUAUGUGGCCAGUGGGAUCACCGUCGACUGGGCCUACGACAGUGGCAUCAAGUACGCCUUCAGCUUUGAGCUCCGGGACACUGGGCACUAUGGCUUCCUGCUGCCGGCCACACAGAUCAUCCCCACGGCCCAGGAGACAUGGAUGGCGCUUCGGACCAUCAUGGAGCACACCCUGAAUCACCCUUACUAGCAGGACGACUGAGGGCAGGAGGCUCCAUCCUUCUCCCCAAGGUCUGCGGCUCCUCCCGAAAUCCAAGUUAUGCAUCCCCGUCCCCAUGCCCUCAUCCCGACCUCUUAGAAAAUAAAUACAAGUUUGAACAGGC